AGCAGCAGCAACUUCAGAUCAAGCCAGAUCGGUUUAGGCUUGUAUCUUCUGACUACCGAAGUCUGCACAGGUCCUUUCACGCCCUCAACAACGAUGGCUGCCGUCCGCGCUCUCACUCUCAUUGCCCUGGCCUCUGCUGGUGCUGCCCUGCAGGUACAUGAUGGCAUACAGCACAACCUGACCGUCUGCAAUGCCUACGCGGAGAACAAGCCCCUCAGCGUCUACACGGUCAACCAGAAGGCGAAGCUCACAGAAGAGCCGUUGCAUUACAAGGCUUGCAAGGAGAUCGUCCUCGAGUUGGCGGACAGCGAGCGCAUCGAUUUUAAGUUGGGUGGGCUCAGCGUCGGCACGUUCCACGUCGGCAACCUCCCGUUCGCCCCCACGUCGCUGCUGCUGGUGCCGUACCGCAAAGGCAACAGCACCAUGGCGGCAACCUUCUACUCCCACGCCUUCUCGGUCGCGCAGGAGAACGCACAGGUCGCGGUUGUCGACGCGUACGACGGCACCUCGCCGGGCGCCCUGAAGAUCGCGCAGGGCAGCAAGAGGCGCGCCGAGGCGGUGCAGCUCAAGCCUGGCACGGCCCUGACCCUCGCCCCGGGAGCCUACCAGGUCAGCCUGGACGACCCUGGCAGCAAGAGCGCCAGGACCGUCGCUCUGACGGCCGCGGAGGGCAGCAAGCACGUGAUCAUGCGGGUGGGCGGCAGCGACGGCAUCCCUCAGGAGCUCGUGGUCUUCUCCGGCGAGUCCUCCGAGCGCAGCGGCGCCGGCCGGGCGGGCGCCGGGGUCCUCGCGGCCGCCGUGGCGGCGUGCGCCGGCCUGCUCGCGUGAGGCGGCCAUGGCGGACCGCGGAGGUCGGCUAUCAAGCAGUGGCGAAGCGUCCCGGCUCGCCGAUAGCCCCACCAAACAAUGUUCUAAGAGCUGGGCGGCGCCUCUCCUGCUCCCACGAGGACGGUCCCACCGUUCUCACUCCGCGGGCGACGUCGGCCAGCGGCGCCAGACUGCCGGGUCAUCUUUCUGCUGCGCCUGCGCCUCGGGCCCAGCCAGCGUUUUGGCACAGCGCUGGCCCCGCGGUCACGGGCCGUCUUCCUGCAGCGCUCGGCGCCGACCCCAUCGUGCCCAGAGUCUGCUCGCCUGCGUCCUGCGCACGCGUCGCAGGUCGCAGGGGCCUCAGCCGCGGAGAGAGCCUGAGAGCACAUUUUGUCGUCCUUGGCCCUGGCGUUUUGGAGAGGGCCCCUCGCCGGGCGCGGCGGCAUCGGGAGCACAUUUGCGGCCAGUGUCGGGGACGG